AUGCACAAACUGGUCGGGGGCCUCGUGCUGCUGGCGGCACUGGAGACGUCGAGCGGCUUCCUGUCGCCAUACAGCUUCAAGUCGGUCGACAGCAUGAGGAUCGAGAGGAGAGACGUGACCAGGCGCCUUCCUUCGCCUGCCAUCUCCUGCUCUCCCUCACGCCGCGAACCUUCAGGUCUUCGCUUGGGCAUGGCGGCAGAGGUUGAGAGCGCGAGGAUCACACAAAGCAGCUUCCCGUUCGAUGGCAAGCAGGUCUUCUACGUCAAGGUCGAGCCGCCUGAGAGCCUUCGCAAGCCUGACUUCCCGCCCAUCAUCUUCCUGCAUGGCCUCGGGUCACACAGCGUUCACUUUAGCAAGAACAUGAAGGAGGUCAGCAUGCAGACAGGCGCGUGCGUGUACGGGUUAGACUUCCUCGGGUUGGGGAGAUCUUCGAAGCCGGGGAAUACUCGAUAUGGACAGGACACCUGGGCCUGGCAAGUGAGUUGCUUGGUAGAAGAGGUUCUCAAUGCAGAGAAAGUCUUCAUCGUUGGCCACUCCGCUGGAGGAUACGUGGGCAUGUGCUAUGCUGCCGACCAACCAGCCAAGGUAGCAGGAUUGUGCGUGGUCGGAUGUGCAGGACAGUACGGAGUAAUCGGGCCAAGCCGAUUCUACAUCCCCUUCCUCAGGAUUGGGUUCAUCUCCAAGCUCGUGGGUGGAUGGAUAGUCGAACAGAUCAGAGAUCCUGAGCUGCUGAAGAAGCAGCUCGAAAGGAUGUACGUCAACAAGGAUGCGAUCAACAAGAACCUGGUGGAUGGAUUGAGUUGCAUCUGGAAAGACGAAGACACCUUCACCCGUGGAAAGGAGGUAAGAAGGAGGCGAAACGAGGCGCGAAGAUAA